AUGAUCCAAGCGGAGGAUCUCCAAUCCCACUUCCAAACACCCGACGGGACGCUGGUCGAUUUUACCGAGACAUUCUACAACGGAGACACACUGGACCUUCAAUGGACUGGCUGGGAUAGUUACUGGACCGAUCAGACGAUAGGAACAGCGACCGCAAAUCUUUACGUCGCGUCAUGGAAUUUCAACGUCUCCGAUUAUUCCAGGAUUUUGGCUGCUUCCAUUGACGUCUCUGUAACCGGAGGUUAUAGUUGGAAAAUCAACAUUAAUCCCGAUGUCCUGGCCAUCAAUCCAGAAUACGGAUUAUACUUUGUGAACACGGAUACGGUAUUCGGCGACGCGCCGACACUCCAAUCAAGAGGCUUUCAUAUCCUGGAGAAAUCGACGACGUCUUCUGCAGUACCUUCAGCAACAUCAUCAAAAGCUGUCUCAACCAGUACCGGGCCAACAAGCACACCUACCAACACAGCGUCAUCUGGCACAAGUUCCAACUCAGAGGUCCUCAACCGAAAACAAGCUGCCGGCCUCGGCGUUGGAGUAGGGGUUGCUUGCACUGCUAUAUUUGUUGGAUUGGCAUAUAUGUUCCUUCGCCGUCGACGGCGCAAGUCCUCCGUUCCAGAGACGCUCGAGAACUCGAUGGCGUUUCAUCCUAUGCCGAAUCAGUCGGAGGCAGCAGAAAUAUCCAGUGGUGGUUAUGAAAACCGCCCUGACAGCUAUGUGAGCUACCAGGGUCCCAAGUCAGAGCCGCAUGAGAUGCCGGCAGAGGUGGCUCCCAUGCCCCCGAUCGAGUUAUCUUCGCAGCAUUAUGCACGAUAG